AUGCCGGGUACAGUAACAAGAGCGCCGGCGAAACGCGCUCUCGCCGAGACGUCUAAUACGCGCACCAAUGUACAGACAUCGCCCCGCUCCACAAAGAAGUUGAAGUUCCAGGAUGGCAAGAACAAGAGCAAGGCACCCGGAAGGAUGGCCAACGAUUCGUUUAACUCGAGCCAGCCAGGCCCCAGUCAGUUUGAGGAGACAUUGGAGAAAAUGACACAGGAUAUGGAGACCCUCCAGAAGGAGAACACCGAAAAGGACCAGCAAUGGCGACGGCCGCCAUUGCCUCAUGAAUUCAGCGAGUUGACCAACAACCUCGUGUUCCAGCAAAUUGAGGCUGAAGAAGGCGUGCUCCAUGGAGGCAAAACCACGGUCAAACUGUUCGGCGUGACAGAGACUGGUCACUCCGUCCUCCUCCACGUAACUGGAUUCCAACACUACUUCUACGUCGCUGCCCCCGUCAACUUCCAACAGGCCGACUGCGAGCCCUACAAAAUCUUCCUCGAAGCCGAAUGUCAAAAGAGUUUCAAUCAACACUCCGCCGUCAUAGCAUCAGUGAAAAUGUGCAUGAGAGAAAACAUUCUACGCUUCCAGGGCAACCAAAAGAGCCCAUACCUCAAGAUCACCGUCACCGACCCCAAGUUGAUCAACCGCGUACGCAUGAUGGUACAGAAGGGCAAUGCCAACUACAAGCGACUCUGGCCGGCCAGAGAGGAUGGUAUCCUCACAUUUGACAACAUCGCCUAUGUAUUACGAUUCAUGAUUGACACAAAGGUCACCGGCAUGUGCUGGGUCGAAGCCCCUGCCGCCAAGUGGAAGAUGAUCAAUGCACGAGACCGGCACUCCAACUGCCAGAUUGAGGGUCAGGUACAUUAUGAAGACCUUAUCGCUCACCAAGCUGAAGGCGAGUGGGCAAAAAUUGCCCCUCUUCGCAUCCUCUCCUUCGAUAUCGAGUGCGCUGGCCGCAAAGGUGUCUUCCCAGAGGCAAAUGUAGACCCUGUGAUUCAGAUUGCGAACGUUGUUACAAAAUAUGGAGAUGACAAGCCCUUUGUUAGGAACGUCUUCUGUCUAGACACAGUCAGCCCCAUCGUUGCAACACAGAUUCUGUCCUUUCAGGACGAGGGCGAUAUGCUGAUGAAGUGGCGCGACUUUCUUGACGAGGUCGACCCAGAUGUCAUCAUUGGCUACAACACCAGUAACUUCGAUUUCCCAUAUUUGCUCGAUCGCGCCAAGCAUCUGAAACUCCAAAAGUUUCCUUAUUGGUCACGUCUCAAGACGGUUCAGUCAAAGGUGGAAACAUCCAACUUCUCUAGCAAGCAAAUGGGGUCUAGGGACACUAAAACCACCAACACCAACGGUCGUCUCCAACUCGACUUGCUUCAGCUGGUCCAAAGGGACCAUCAGCUUCGAAGUUACACACUCAACUCUGUAUGCGCUCAUUUCCUGAAAGAACAAAAAGAGGAUGUACACCAUAGCAUGAUUACAGAACUGUUCAACGGUGACUCCAACUCGCGAAGACGUUUGGCUGUAUACUGUCUCAAGGAUGCCUAUCUCCCUCAACGUCUUCUCGACAAGCUUAUGUGUCUGGUCAACUAUACGGAGAUGGCUAGGGCUACAGGUGUUCCUUUCAAUUACAUUCUCUCUCGAGGACAACAAGUGCGCUUCAUCAGUCAGUUGUUUCGUAAGGCUCUCGAGCAUCAGCUCGUUAUUCCGGACCUUCCAAACCAAGGCGACAACGGCGAUCAAUACGAAGGUGCGACUGUCAUUGAGCCCAAGCGUGGUUACUACAAAGAGCCCGUUGCUACUCUCGAUUUUGCUUCACUAUACCCUAGUAUCAUGCAAGCCCACAACCUAUGUUACACGACGUGGCUGGAUCGACAGACGGUGGAGAAGCUCAAGAUGAAGAAGGACGAGGACUACAUCGUGACUCCUAAUGGAGACAUGUUCUGUACCGCCAAAACGCGGAAGGGACUCUUGACUGAAAUUUUAGAAGAACUGCUGAGCGCACGUAAGAAAGCAAAGAAGGAAUUGGCGGUUGAGACGGACCCUUUCAAGAAGGCUGUGCUCAACGGUCGUCAGUUGGCUAUGAAGGUCACCGCCAACUCCGUCUAUGGUCUGACUGGUGCCACCAACGGAAAGCUGCCCUGUCUUGCGAUCGCCAGUAGUACCACCAGUUUCGGUCGUCAGAUGAUUGAAAGAGCCAAAGCUGAAGUCGAGGCCAAGUACAAUAUCGCAAAUGGAUACUCGCACGAUGCCGAGGUCAUCUACGGUGAUACCGAUUCGGUCAUGGUCAAGUUCGGUACCACGGAAUUAGCAGAAGCAAUGAAACUGGGCGAAGAGGCGGCGAAAUACGUGACAUCGAAGUUUCUCAAACCCAUCAAGCUGGAGUUCGAAAAGGUCUACUUCCCCUAUCUCCUCAUCAACAAGAAGCGAUAUGCUGGUCUUUACUGGACGAACCCCAACAAAUGGGACAAGAUGGAUACCAAGGGUAUCGAGACGGUCCGUCGUGACAAUUGUCGACUUGUUCAAACUGUCAUCGAGACCUCUCUCCGCAUGUUGUUGAUCGAUCAAGAUCCUGAGGGUGCACAAGAGUUCGUCAAGGAGACCAUUGCAGACCUUUUACAAAACAAAAUCGAUAUGUCCAAUCUAGUCAUCACCAAAGCCCUUACAAAACAGGAAGACAAGGACGGCAAAGGUGGUUACGCCAACAAGCAGGCGCACGUGGAACUCGCGGAGCGUAUGAAGAAACGUGACGCUGGUUCAGCACCUGCUCUUGGUGACCGUGUCGCGUAUGUCAUGGUCAGGGCUGCCACUGGCGCAAAGAAUUUCGAAAAGUCCGAAGACCCAAUUUAUGUUCUUGAGAACAACCUACCCAUCGAUACACGUUACUAUCUCGACAACCAACUCGCAAAACCGCUGGGCAGAAUUUUCGAGCCUAUUUUAGGCGAAAAGAAAGCAGCCUCACUCCUCACAGGUGAACACACACGAUCCAUCUCCGUCGCUGCACCCACCAUGGGUGGUCUCAUGAAGUUUGCAAAGAAGACACAAACAUGUAUGGGCUGCAAGAAGCCUCUUACCGCCGCACACGAAAAGGACGGUGCAGUUUGUGAGAACUGUCGACCUCGUAUUCCUGAGCUAUAUACAAAGACUUUGACCAAGGUCAGUGAGCUCGAGGUGCGUUUCUCUCGUCUUUGGACGCAAUGUCAGCGCUGCCAGGGAAGUGUUCACUGUGAAGUCAUCUGUGCGUCAAGAGAUUGCCCAAUCUUCUACAUGCGCAUGAAGGCAAGGAAAGACGUCGAGGAUGCAGGCAAGGAGCUGGUGCGGUUUGACAAAGAUGCUGCACUCUGGUAAUGGCAUGUUGUUCGCUCUCUGGAGGAGCGAGGCGUUUUGGUGUUUUGUAAUGUAUAUCCACCUGUAUAUCAAGGGCGGUAUGCGGUCAGGGUUCAAGAAAACAUAGCGAUAUCCGUAUGAUCAUGUUUAGUAAUUACUGUUGUCACCAAUCUACCUCGUACAGAAUC